AUGUUUCAAAAACUUCACGACAGACUGGACGCGGCGUUGGAUGAGGGCGCGCUCACGAACGACGAGAUCAUGAACAUGAUCACCCUCGCGGCGGCGUUUGGAUUGGAGGAAAAACACGCGAGCGCUGAGGCGCCGACGGGGACACUGGAGCGCGCUGCGCGGUACGUCGUGGGAGACGAUCGUCUUCUAACGCUGAGUUCAGAAACGCGUGAUAUUACUAUGGCCUCGAACGCUUUUGGUGCGCCCACGACGAGCAGUGGAUCCUCGGGAGGGACGAACCAACUCGCGUCCGAUUCAACGACAAACGUCGCGGUAACCGCCUCGAACGGCGGUAGGAGAGAAUUGGACGUCGCGACGAUACCGGAGGGAAAACACGUUCGGAAGAUUUCGUCAACCCCACGACGCCCACACACUAGGUCAACUUCCUUUCCCGACGAUUCGGACGGCACGAAGAAGAAGCCAAAGCCGCGAAGGCGAACGGAUGGCGAAAACGUCGAGGAUCGUCUACUGCGGGGUUGGAUCCUCAAACGCGCGAGAGAGGCUGCGAACUUGGAGAAGAUUCGUCGAGAAGAGCACGCAGCGGCGGACGGAGCGAGGUUGACUCGAGCUGAGAUCGACCGCAGCACGGAGGCGCUCCAUCACCGCGCCGCGGAGAGCGAUGCGCAGCGCGCCAAGCUUCAAGAAGCCGCGCGGAGUGAGGCUCAACGCCUCGCGGAGGCGAGCGUUUCGAUGAGCAUGAGCAAGAAAACUCGGGAGAUAACGUCGAGGAUGUCGGACUUUUCUUCAAGGCUCGAGCAGUACACAUCAAAGGCGACAGAGCGAGCGGAACGCCGACUUGAGCAAGCCCAGGUGGGGCGAGCUGCGCGAACAGAAGCUGAAAACUCCUCUGCGCGGGUUCCACUGACCAAGCGAGCGGAGACGAUGCAGCGGACGCUCGACGACCUUCAGGCUUGGAAUGAACGAAGAGAAGCGAAGAUCAAACUUGCAAAAGAGGAAGCGGUGCAGCGAGAGGUCGCCGGCGCCACGUUCAAACCUAGUUUGGAUCCCAAGUCGUUGCGGUUGGCGCUCAAGAAACGGAUGGCGACGACGAGAGACGCGAGAAGGAGAGGAGAAGCAAGGCGCGUCACGGAGACUCCAUCGGGCACUCGCGCCGGACAGAGUCCAUCGCCAUCAUCUCAUCAAGAAUUCACGCCGCAGAUCAACAGGCGAUCGAGCCGGAUCGCGGCGUCUAGAACCGACGCGAACGAGCCCGUGUACGAGCGUCUAUACGGAACGGCGCUCAAAUCUUCCAAGCCCGGCUCCGUCGCCGCGAGCGCGAGAAAGUCGCCGAGCGAGCGCUGGGGCGGUUACGGCGUCGACGAUUCGUUCGAUGACGACGAAGACAGCCGCGACGCCGUCGGUUUCAUCUCUCUCGCCGACGUCGACGACCGCGUCGCGCGCGAGUAG